UUUUACUUGACAGUGGUUCUUCGAUCACUCGUAUUCUGAUUGGUCUCUGUGUGUUCCCAGGUCUCCGCAACUGGUCUCGGCCUCAAAGCGUUGCUAGGAUACAUUGCAACAAAUGUGUCCAUCGUUACUGGAUACAGUUCUACAGAAAACAUUCCGUCAAAGGCACAUUUUUUUACACAACGACGUUGUAAAACGGUCUAGAGACAAGAAAAGUUCCAUGCAACUUUCUGUGAGCUCUGAAUGCUCUUUUUAGAUUCAUACGAUUGAAACCAAAAUACAUUCAGACCAAAUGGAAACUGCGACUGUUGUCCGGUAUGGUCGAAGGAGUGGGUCCAGCAAAACAACGCUAGCAGUUGAGGGGACAAAAGCAAUGCAACCAUCAGAUCUUCGACAAGUCACUGUUUUGCCCAAAGCRGAAUGGCUCCGAAUUCAAGGUAGUUUGAAUCAAGGGAAUAAAUACAACGAGAGUCUAAAGGAAGCAACCAAACAACGAGAAGCUAUGCACCUGAGGUCCAAGGAGGUGGUGAAAUUCUGGUCUAACACAAUAGCUGGACAAAGACAAAAGAAACUGGAGGCAAAGAGGAUUCGGGAGGAACUUGAAGAAGAGGAGAAGAAACAGAUGGAUAUUGAGGAGGCUAAAUAUCAGGCGCAAAAGAGGAAAGAAGCUAUUGAAAAGGCCAAAACUCAACAGUACUACGAGACUGAUCGUGUGAAAGGAUUUCAUAGUGCACUCUUGCUGACAGAGGUCCUGAAGGAAAGGGAGGCCCAGAUAGAACUGAAGCAGAGAAAGCAGGAUACCUCCAAAGAUGUGGACAAGGAAAUCAUGGAUAUCAUUAAGCGUAGAGAGGAUGAAGCUUUGCAAAAGGAGCAGCGGAAAGCUUUGCAGAGGAAGCUUGACAGCCAGGCCACAGCAGAAGACUUAAAACAGCAGGCAAAAGAACAUGAGAUGAAUAGAGAACGUGAGAAACUGGAAAACAAGGAAGAGGCAGAGGAACUCCAGCGACUAAAAGAGCUUUUUCUGUGGGAGCAAUGCAUGCAGGAGCAAAAGAAAGAGGAGCAGAAGAGAAAUACCAUGAAAGCUCACAUGGAGCAUCUCUCUAACAGAGAUAUCAUUAGAGCAAUAGAGGCACAAAAGCAAGAGAUGGAGGAGGAGCGCAGGAGGCUUUUUGCAAAUGCAAAACAAAAAAUGGGGAAAUUGAGGAAAGACAAAGAGGAAGAGAUGUUCAGAGAGGUCCAAAUGCACAGGGAGGGGAUCAUGAAAACACUGACUGCAAAACAGCAAGAGCAGACGGACAAUGAGGAACUCAUCGCCAAGGCUAUUGCUCAACGGGAUGCCAGACAGGCACAGCAGCAGAAGGAGAAAGAUGACAAGAGGAUGGCUAUGCUGAACUCAAUUGCCUCACACAGAGAAGCCAUGAAAGAAGAACAGGAGCAGAAGGAAAGAGAACACAACGAGAGAGCCACUGACAUGCUUUAUGCCAAGAAAGAAGCGGACAGAAUAUUUAUUGAAAAACAACACCUGAAGGCACUGAAAAUGAAAGAGGAUGGAAGAACUUUACAAGACGUCUACAUUCAUCAAAUGGCUGAAAGACGUGCCAAGGAACAGCACAUAAGAAAGCAACAACAGGACUUUGAGACCAAAAAUGCAGAGCUCAUUGCUGUGGAGGAGAAGCAGUUCCAGCAGUAUGCAAAGAAUGUGAUCGAUACAGCCACCGAGGCCAAGAGAAAUAUUCACCCACUCCGCAAAGCUGCCAGGGAGGGAAUUGGAGGUGGUCUUGGCCCCAUCUUUGGAGGAGUGAGACCAAGUUACUUGGUUCAAGAUGACACUGGUGUCCAGAUGCCCAAUUACGUCGGCAGUAGAUCUCAGGACGUCAAAGAGCUGAAUGAGACAUGUGAUAUUCAGCAAUCCAAGAAAAGACUUGGAUUCACAUGGUAAACGUCUGUUGAAAAGAGUAACAUGGUCAGGUGAAGCAUGAUUAGAAAAACAAUAAACCAAUGGAAUUCAG